CAUUGCUCUACUUGGCAUUAAUUGCUCUACAAAUUUUUAUCAGGACCGUAUCUAUUUUUGAACUUUGCUCUGUACGUAGGGUCCAAGGAAACUAAUGAAAAGGCUACGAGGUUCGAAAGUUGGAUAUCUUGGACUGUUGGACACCAGAAAAUCACUAUCGAUGGACUGAAUCUAAGUGUUAAACAUUUCUAGGUUUAGACCAUCGGUAAUGAUUUUCUGGAGUCCAACCGUCCAAGAUAUCCAACUUUUGAACCUCGUCAGCCUUUUCAUUAGUUUCCUUGGACCCUACCUCUGAGGUCCACGAAAAUGGAGGUGUAUCAUAAGAAGUCGGGUAGGUGUAUUCAAUCGAUAAGUGGACCAAAUGGGGACUGUAUGCCCGUCAGCUACUCCAGCUCAGUACAUGGUCUUCUUCUUCGGGCUCUAUCUGGUUGCUUUGGGGACUGGUGGGAUCAAACCUUGUGUUGAUCAGUACUGCCUUGAUGAUUUAGGAGCUGGCAGAACCAUCGAUAAGAGAUGCAUUUUUUUCUUGCAUUCAACAAGGUGCAGAUCAUGUGAUUGUAAGCCCAUUUUUUCUCUUCCUUGGACGACACUGGCAUCAGGAUAUUCUUUCGUUAGCUGCAAAAGAACACCCUUAUGUGUCAUAUAUCGUUACUGCACCUCUUGGUCUGCAUGAUCUACUUGUGGCAAGGAGCGAGAUUGUAUGACAAGGUUUAUAUUAUGAGAUUUGUAUUACUGGAAAUGUUUGCUCUGUAGAAAUUUGUAUUACAAGAUUUAUAUUAUGAGAUUGUAUGCUGGCCAUUUACAAAGUUGGACAGUAAUG